AUGGCCAAGCGGCGUGCGGCCGAGCCGCUCACGUUCCACGUGCCCUGGAAGCGGCUCCUGCUCCGCGACGGGCCCGACGAGCCGCCGCCGCUGCGGACCCCGCCCGGGCCCGGCCAGCCCCGCGGCGCCCCGCCGCCGCCCCGCAAGCGCAAGAUGGACGCGGGGGCCGUGGCCGAGUCUUCGGCCGCGCCCCGCAAGCGCCGCGACGGCGGGCGGCCCGGCGCCCAGGGCGGCGGCCUGGACGCCGGCGAGGCGCCGUCAGCGACGCCGCCGGCCGCGCGGCUCCGGGGCGGCCCCGGGGAGGAGCUCCAGGGCGCCCGGCCCCCGAGGGGCGGCGGCGACGACGGGGCGGGGCGCGGAGCGGCCCUGCGGGGCGACUGGGGGGUCUCGGCGCGCCAGCUUAAUGAAGAAUUUUGGCAGUAUAAUACCUUCCAGUACUGGAGGAAUCCAUUACCACCUAUUGAUCUGGCAGACAUUGAAGCUGUAAAUGAAGACAGCCUGACAAAAGUAAAAGUCCGGGACAAGAAUGAAGAAAUUGAGAUCGAUAUGGAGUCCUGACAGAAGAAACUGAACAAAUGGAUUUUUCUGAAUUUGAGAAGAAAUCUCAAUGAAUUUAUGUAUUUAAGAAAAAGAGUUAUUUUCCAUACUUGAUGUAAUAUCAUUCCCAUAUCUGGAAAAUGAGGAAAGGUUAUUCUAAAGCAAAUACCUGUGGUCAUUACUGAAUCUCCCAAUAGAGGUUUGUUGGGAAUCUAGUACAGUUUGAGGGCAAGUGUUUUUUGUGUGUGUUCCUAAAGAAAGUUAGACUACAAAUUUGAAAAUACUGAUAUUAUAAGAAGAAUUGGGCUAAUUUUAGAGAUGGUGGAAACAUUUAAAUAUUCCUCUGAUCUGUACCAAAAAAAUUUAUUUGUG